UGUUCCUGCCAUAACAAUCGAAAGAAUUUGUUUACAUUUUUUGUUAAUUUGAUUUCUUAUCAAAACUUUCAAAGCUAUAAGAAAAUGUCAGAUGAGGAGCUCUGCCAAUUGUGCUUGGAACAUCAGAGAUUUGAGAUUGACUUCGUGAAGCCCGUGUUUAAUUCAACCACAAAACUACUACUAAAACUCUUCGAGUGCUAUAAUAUUUUGAACAAGACGAACUUCUUUAGCAUUUGCAAGCAAUGUUUUAAAAAGGUUUUGUAUAUAUGCGAAUCACUCAAAAAAUGGGGCAGUGCCCAGGAAAACAUCAAGAAAACCAACAGUGCAAUACAAAACCUGUUGGGAAAAACUAAUACCGUCGAUCUAGGGGAAAAACCUUUGCAACCGUACCAACACAUCUACUGCGUAGAACCCGAUGUAUUCGAAAUCUCGGAUACAGACGAUGGCUUGGCGACUCGGGUUAAGUCAGAGUCCCCAGUCGCCGAAAAUGACGAUGAUUUGGAAUUUAUAGCGGAGGAAACUGUUAUCCACGACAAAGGCAUCUUAUCCCUGGAUAUAGACGAUCAAUUUAAGUCAAAGUCCCCAGUUUUCGAAGAGGAAUCUACUCAAUUACCCCAAAGGACUUUCUGCGUAGAGCCCGAAGUAAAUAGCAACUCCAUGGAUGCAGACGAAGACUUUGCGAUCCUGGAAAAUUUGGAAUCCUCAACUGCAGAAAAUAGGGAAAGACAUUUGGCAACAUAUGAUAGAGAAGUUCAAGGGAAGGAAUCUUUACAACCGCCUCUUCAAAAUAUAGAAUUGUUCCAGAUAAAGAGCAUUGAUUCGCCGGAUAUGGACGAAGUCUUGGCGGUUCACGUGCAGUUGGAGGCCCGUGCAGAACGAAAUGAUGAAGAACCCCUGGAACCAGUUGAAACGGAAGAGGCUGAGAUAUUCUGCGUGGGCCUUCGACAAGAUGGCUUGAAAUUUGCAGAACUCUUCAAGGAUCAAUUUAACGUCGUCCAGUUCAUGUGCACUUGCUGCGAUCAUGCAUUCGACAGUGUAACACCUGUGCGGGAGCACAAUUACGUGGAACGUCUGAAUCCUGUUUACAUGUGCCACGAUUGCGGUGCCUGUUUUUCAAUUGCCCCGGAAAUAAAGGAGCAUCGCGAGAAGGAGAAGCAUUGCAACCGCGUUAUCAGAGACAUGGAAUAUAGAUGUCUAAAGUGCGGCCAGACAUUCUUAAACAUCAGAGCUGUCAAGUGUCAUGAGAAAAACAGACACAGUCCCGAGAAGCUCCAUUGCCUGGAGUGCGACCUGUUUUUCCGGAUCCGGCCAGAUUUCCACCGGCACAUGAAGGAUAUGCAUUUGUCCAUGACGAGCCGCGUCUGUCGCUAUCCAAAAUGCAGACGAAAGUUUUGGUCGCAGGAGGAGUACGAGCUGCACCUGAAGUUCCAUAAAAAUCACCAGAAAUACUGCUCUUGCGGUAGUCUAGAAAGGCACAUGAGGAUACAGCGUCACCGGAAGAAACAGCAGACGGAACGAGAACGGAUUAAUACCCAGAAGCAGGAAGCAGUUGGAGACUUUAUCAUUCAUCACCUCUCUGAAGAAUCCUAAAUCUCCAGUUUCUUCAUCGGAUACUUUGACAAAAUAUCAAAAAUAAUUGUAAAGUUCGUGAAAAAUGCCGAAUGAAGAGAUCUGCAGAUUAUGCAAGACGAGUACAGGUCGGUUUGAU